AUGUCGGAACCUAUACCCAUCCCUCGCUCCAAGACCGGCACCGCCCUGGAUGAGAUGACUUCCAACGAGAUCGCCGGUAGUGCGGGCACCGAUACUGCGGGCUCCUUGACGGAUGCUCUCACUCCAGCCUAUCAAUCUGGCUACCAGUCUUCCAGUCCCGGAAGCCCCUACCUACUCUCCAGAAAUCCCUCCUACGUGGGCAGCCAGUCUUUACAGGAAGAUUGGGAGGUCCCCCUCGACAAGCUGACGUUUUUCGACAUCUUCGACAAUCUCGCCUUACCAGCCAAGCUCGAAAAGUGGCAGGUGGCCUUGCAGGCACAGAAAGAAAAGCUGGCACGUCAGCAGGAGAGGAUAAGAAGCUCGGGCAACAAUGCGAAGGACCGCGCGGUGGCCGAAUGGCGCAAACGGGUUCCCCCAGCCGACGAACAGCUGGCCAAGUACCGCUCCCGCAUGAAGAAAUCUGUGGAUGAUCUCAGCAAGAGAUGGAACGAAGUGGUCACAAUAUCGAUCCGCGAGAAGGUCUCCUUCAUCUCCGCCGUCCUCAAUGUCUUUCUGAGCGGUUACCUGGUAGGGGCUGUACCCCAGUAUUUCUACUGGUGGUAUACUAUACAACUCAUCUACUUCAUGCCCAUACGAGCCUACACCUACCACCGCAAGGGCUACCACUACUUCCUGGCCGACCUGUGCUAUUUUGUCAACUUCCUUCUCCUUAGCAGCAUCUGGGCGUUUCCACGUUCAAAGCGUCUCUUCAUCAGCGCCUACUGUCUGGCCUACGGCAACAACGCUGUCGCCAUUGUCAUGUGGAGAAACUCUCUCGUCUUCCAUUCCCUGGACAAAGUCACCAGUCUUUUCAUCCACGUCAUGCCCCCGGUCGCACUACACUGUAUCGUCCACCUCACGCCAGACGAAUACUUGCGCGAACGCUUUCCAGCCGUGCACACCAUCAAAUACAGCUCAAAGGGCUCGCCAGGGCACUACGAACUGGCGGCAAUGCUCCUGUGGGCCACCAUUCCUUACGUGAUCUGGCAAUUAUCCUACCACUUCUUCAUCUCUGUCCGGCGCGCCGAGAAAAUUGCAGCUGGAAGACCCACAUCAUUCACAUGGCUACGUCGUUCGUACGCGAAAACGUGGAUCGGGAAAUUGGUCAAUUCGCUACCAGAAUACCUACAAGAGCCGGCGUUUAUGUUGAUCCAAUACCUGUAUGCCUGUCUCACGAUAGUACCGUGCCCAAUAUGGUUUUGGUAUCGAUGGCCGAGUGCGUUCUUCUUGUUAUUCGUAUUCAGCUGGUCCGUGUGGAACGGCGCCAAUUACUACAUGGACAUCUUUGGUAAACGAUUCCAGAAAGAGCUGGAGCAAAUGAAGCGGGAUGUGGCCAAAUGGCAGAACUCCCCGGGAGCGAUGUUUAGUCCGCCAAACGGACCGGUGGAUUCGGAUGUAAAUUUGAACACGGCAAAAGACGAUUCCAGCAAAGGACAUGACAAAAGACAGUCAAUCGAUAAGAUCCCGUUGCUGGAUGAGACGGGACAACCCCAGCAGAACGGAAACGCAAACAGUAGUCCGAAUUCGGAAGCCAAUGCAAGGGCCACGGGUGCCGAGAUCCUGAACGAGGCGGACGGCAACAUUUCGGAUAGGAAGAAUGUCUCCGCACCGCUUACGGGGGCAACAAUGUGA